UGAAGUUAAUAAUCGACUUUAUUGACAUUCGUUAUCAAUGCCUAUGAUCAAUAUGGAACGUUAUUUUUUUUAUCUGUCGGGGUGUGUAACCCUCAAAUAAUUUUUCCCUGGGAAUUGAAAAUUCGAUUAAAAACUUGAUUUCUAUUAAGCAAGGGGCGCCGAAGAAUUGGAGGUUAUCAAUCUUCAUAAGAAACACGUCAAAAUGCGAAUUCAAAAACAUUCGUUGUAAAGUAAAACCCCAAUCUAAGUUGCCAAGAAUUACGCACACAAAAACGCUAUUAUAAAAUGAACAGGAAAAUUACCAAACUCUGCUGCUUCUCGUCCAUUGCAACAAACUUCUGAAUGUAUUUUUUGAGCAACAUACAGUGCUGAUAGGUCACCAAAAUGGCAUACAUCUCAUCGGAAAAUGGUGCCAAAGUAACUCUUAUAAAAAAAAAAUUUGAGAAAAAUACCUGCGAUAUAUCUCGCUCCUAUCCAGAGCAAAAGGAUACACUCCGUCGAUCUCUCAGUGCCUCGCCAGUGAAAAUAAAGAAGAAUAUCAAGUUCAAUGUUACUCGUCAGCUUUCUAAUCCUUCCAAAAAUAUCAAACGAACUCCAGCAUUCAGAGGUGACAAGCAUUCUCGGGUUAAACACCUCCACUCUCCUUCCACUGAAAAACCGCCAUCUCUCGUUCAUAAGAAUUUAAAAAUCUUUGAAGAAACUCACGAACCUGAGAAAAUAGAAAAUGUACAAAAAAUAUCAAAUUUAGACUGUUCAAAUUCUGAUUUACCUAACAACCUAUGGGAACAGGAAAGUCAUGGAAGAGAGAGAUCAACAAAUGCUAUAGAAAGUACUGUAAGAACAACUGUAAUCUCACGUCAGAAGGACAUUUACUGCCUCCGAACUGGAAAAGAAUCUGAAGAUGAAAUUGAUUUUCCUUCUCUUUUUCAAAAACAAAAAAUUGAAAACUGUGAAAAUAUUGAUUCUUCAGACAUUGAACGUAUAAAUGGAGUUGAGUAUACUCGAGUGGUGAAGCCUCCGAAAUUAUCAAACAAUGUCUCUAGAAGCCUCCAACAAGGCCUAGAGAAAACCGUAGAUGGCAAGGAAGAUUUAUCUCGAAGAAAAUCCAGAGAGGACAUUUCAUCAUUCCUAGACUUGACACAAACUCUGAAAGCAGCCCUUCAAGCUCCAUUACCAUCUGGUCCAGCGCCAAAAAAACCCCCUAGAACAUUCGCCCAUUUAAACACGACAACUAAAAGCCAUCCAAAUGUGUCCCAGAUUCAUAGCUCUCCUGAAUCUCCGGGAAAACGAUGGAAAUCAAUCUUCCAAAAAACAGGAACUGAUGUCACGGAUGCAGCACCAAAAAAAUCAGUCUGCGCCUCUAACAUAGCUGACGAUAAUUUUUUAUAUUCGAAGGACUUUCUCAAGUCUCCAACGAGUUUUGAUGAAAACACGAUGGAAGAGAAACACCCAAAUGUGACAAAUGAAUCAACACAACUGACAAAAUCCUCGAUUCUUCAUUCUCUUACUGAUACGCAUCAACCAACAAAAAAAGCAAGAGAUUCAAAAAAAAUGUUGGAAAAAUUAGAAACAGUAUUAAUCCAGCAUCAAAAAGCACUAGGACCCAAAAUAAUAUUGCCAAGACAAGACAGGGAUAAAAUACCAAUUAGUUUUGACUCUAAAAAAUCACAGAGUGGUUUGAAUGUCGAAAAUAGUUACGAAAAGAAUGAUAAAAGAUUUUUCAUGAGUCAUCAAUUAUCAAGGGCAAUACAGAGUGAUAAGAAUGACUUAUUGAAUGAAUUAAAGGGAAGAAAAAACUCAACCUUUGAUUGUCUGACGUCCUUGAAUUGUGCUAGCUGCACCGCUUAUGAGAACCCAACAUUCAGACAUUAUUUAGACGAGAAUUUGUCAACUGAUAUGAAAUCCAAGUCUGAGGAAACUUUGAGCGCUUCUAUUGAAAAAAUUCUGAAAUCAAGUGAAUGUUAUGACGAUUCCUUAUGUCCCGGUGUCAAGAGGCUCUCUACGGAGCUCACAACAUUCUUGGAGGGAAAGAAAAGAGUCUAUGGAAAUGAAACAAACCAAGAAAGAGUCUAUGCUGAACCGUUUUAUUUUGAUAAGAAUUCAGGGAUUGACAUCACAGGAUUUGGCCACCUGUCAAGUGAACAACAUAAUUACCUUUCAAAAAGUUGGUGUAUUGAGGGAAAUAGGAAGAUUGAUCUUGAGUCGGCCGUAAGGAGGGACACAACAAAGCAGAGUCCAGAAUUGCAUUAUUUGUGUACUCCAAUUACUGCAGAAGUUGAAGAAGACAAUAAUAAUGCAUUUAAGAAGUAUGAUAAAAGGCCAAAGGAGUCACUUAGCUUCCAAAGUUCUUUAGAGAGCACUGAUGAUUUGUAUGAACCUUUGUCGACUGCACCUAUUCGUGUUAAGGCAGAGCAGCUUCUAAAUCACGCAUUCGGGAAAUUUAUCAUGUCAACAGUUGAUCCAUCAACCGACUCAUCAACAUCCUCCGACACAGACAGUCUCGCCUCAAAUCUUUCCCUCACCGAAGAGCUCACCUCUUUCAGCGAAAAACUAAGGCUUUUCAGAAAUCGUGAAAAUACUGGCAAACUAUCCAAGGAAGAGUUGCACCGUUCCCUUACAGAGAAACGUAAACGUUACGUGCGAAAAGUGUCGAUAAAAUAUUUUGAGACUAGGAAAGCCAUUCAGAGAAGGCGAAAGGAUAAUUUAUUCGACGUUUGCCUCCUUGUCGAACUCAAUCUAAGUACCAAAGUCCCUUAUAUCAAAGACAAACUUCCAAUCGAGGCUGAGGUACCGACGUGGAUCGAACACUUUUGCUUUCCAGAUGCUCAUGAUUGGCCUCCUGAUGAUUUCAAUCAUAAUCAAUUCCAUUCGCUUUCUUUGAUGGACGACAAAGGGAACAGAAGGUUUGGGUACUGCAUUAGAGUCAAGCCUGAAGGAGGACCUAUCUUACCUUUAGCUUACUGUGUAAUCACUAAACAUCGAGCUAGUGGAUUCUUUCAUAAGGUUCUUCAAGAAUUAGAGAGCAUGCAUGGACUUCCCGACAGGAGUCGAAGGGCUUUCAUCGAAGAAUUAUACAACAGGUCGAUGCCAAACCCUGGAGACAGCCUUAAGAUGAUUGCAGGGAAGUACCAGACAUUUCCUAAGGAAAGAGAAAGUGGAAAGAUUAAAGCAUUUGAUCAGGAAGAUGACAGACGGUUAAGGGAAGAAAAGGAGUAUGAAACUUUAAUCGUAAGAUGCGGAGAUCCAAGGCUGGAAGAGAGAGAUAUAAGUCAGCUUUUUGAAACUGUUAGUAACAAAGUUUUGAUUUUAUUAUUCGGCAGUCUGUUACUAGAGAGAAAAGUGGUCUUACUAGGAAGCAAACUAAGUCAAUUAAGCAGCUGUGUGGAGGCCCUCCAAAGUCUGCUGUAUCCUCUUAAUUGGCCCCAUACGUUUAUUCCGAUACUGCCAAAUAUCGAGGGGCUCAAGGAGAUCCUUGCAGCACCUCCGCCAUUUGUAAUUGGAAUUUUGAAAGGAAAGAGUGAUAACAAUGCAAAGAUGGGAGUAAGUAUUCAAGAUUGUAUCACAGUUGACUUGGACACUUCAAAAGUCAUUUGUGCUGUUGGUGAUGAAGGGUCCAUCCUCCCCAAAAGAUUCCAAGAGGGCAUUCAUUCAGCUUUGCAACUUGUUAGUGAUAAUACUAAGCAUGGGGACAACAUCAGAAAUUUUUUGGUGUCUGAAGCUUUCCUUAGGGUCUUCGUGGAGACCUGUGCUCACCUGGAGAGUAAUUUAGUUACCCAACAGGAUGGGAAAAAAAUUUUUCAGAAGGAAUCUUUCGUGAACGCUUACCCAUCGAAAACAGUACAAUUUUUUCUUGAGUGGUUUGUAGAAACAAUGAUGUUCCAAUCAUUUGUCACUGAUUACAUUGCAUCAGUCGAAGGAAAAGACGUCGGUGAUAGUUAUCGUAUGAAAUUGUUUAAACAACGAAUUGCAGAGCUUCGUAAGCUACCCGAACAGAAUCUGUUAUCAAAGAAAACGAAGAAGAAGACCUUCGGCAAAUUUACGUUCAACUUCUGAAAUAAAGGCCAGAAAAGAGUCACUCUGCGAUGGUGAAAUCAACUUAAGAAGCCAUUUUCACAAGAAUUAUCAUUUUUUGCUACGAUGAGGAGAUUAUAGCAGCCACUUAAAACUGUAAUUACUACUGUUUGAACAUUCUGCUUUUCUUUCUCAUGUAUGACUGGAGAUAGGAACCAAUCAGGUCUAUGUACAUUUUAUUAACCAUAAGUUAUUUUCUAUCGUACGAAGUAACCAACUUUGUCAUGUAGAAGAAUGAUGAACACCAACAGAUGAGUCUUCAAAUUGGAAAAAUUAUUUUGUAAGAUAUUAUCAGAUUGAAAAGAGAAGGCCAAAAGGCGAAAAUGUGUAGGAAAUUUAGGUCUCUAUGAAAGUGUGUCAGUGUGCAAACUACUGAAACGAAAUUUUCAAUGUCCUCUUCGGUUCUUCAUCACUUUAUUUUACGAUUUUUAUUAUUCAUAAUCGGUUUUAUAAUUGGGGAAACUUAAACUGAGGCUUCAUCGAUCUGAUGUGGAGUAAUGCCAAGACUGUUUGGAAUCUCAAACUCAUUUGUAUUAUUAGUAAUAACUUUUCUUCUGAAUUUUAAUGAUCUGUGAUGAAAAAACAUUCUCUUCUGUUGAGUUGAUGACAUUGCAGCUUUAAAGACGCAUGUAGAGACGGCGCACAACAAUUUUUUUGAAAAAAUUAAUACGAAAAUCCAAUUAUCUUUAAUUUAUUUAUAAUUUCUGUUGAAAUACUUUUCAUAGAUAUUAAUAAACACCUGUGAUUAUAAUAAA